AAAUAAUAUAACAUUGGUUCUUCUUUCUCCUUCACUUUUAGCACUGUAGCUAUUUAGAAGUUGUUUUAACUGUCUGUUGCUCAGCCUAGGACAAGAGAACAUUUCUGCCUCAAAUUACCUAUCAACACUUCAUUGAUUUAUGUAAGACACACGAUAAAUCUUCUUACUUUGAACGGCAGAUUUGAGCCUAACAAUAAACUACGAUAUAUUGUCAUAAUCUGUAGCUUUGAUUUUGUGGAAGAGAGCAUUUAACGCGAUCUACAAUCUAUUUCUUUUUCCAUAUAUUGCCAUCCUAUGAAAGCUACGAUUUUGUAUAUUAUACUCAUCGGCAUUAAUUCCAGUUAACAAACGCUCUGACGUAUUAUAUCACGACUUUAAAGAAAAGAAGAACAAUACAAUUUUAAACAAUUUUCAUGGUGGAUACAGUCUCGGUCGUGUGCAGUAUCCUUGGAGGAUUUAUUCUCCUGUUUGGUUUAUGUUCAUUGGUCAUUAAAGAACGACUAUAUUUAUCAGAAGCCUCUAUUGCUAUUUUAUGUGGCAUUAUCUUUGGUCCUGUUUGCGCCAAAUUUGUAGAUAUCAGUACUUGGGGUAAUGAAGACACAAUCAGUCAUGAGUUCAGUCGUGUUGUCAUUGCCAUCCAAGUCAUGGCUGCCGGUGUAGCUUUACCGAAAGCUUAUUUGAGGAAAGAACUACGCUCAAUUUUAAUAUUGCUAGGGCCUGUUAUGACAUACAUGUGGCUCGUUAGUGGCUUAUUGGUAUGGGCUAUGAUACCCGGCCUCAACUUCCUUGAAUCUUUAAUGAUCUCUGCUUGUUUCACACCUACUGAUCCUGUUUUGGCCAACUCAAUUGUGCAAGGCAAAUUUGCCGAAAAGCAUGUCCCAACUCAUGUGCGCCACAUUAUAUCCUGUGAGAGUGGUGCGAAUGAUGGCUUAGGCUAUCCGUUCUUAUUUUUGGCUAUUUACUUGUUAGAAAUGGAUGUCGGCCCUGCUAUAGGCAAAUGGGCUUAUUGGAUUAUGGCGUAUAAUGUGUUAUUAGCGAUAGUUAUCGGCUUUAUCGCAGGUUUUAUUGCACGGAAAUUAUUGAAAUAUGCUGUUGAAAGGAAAUUCAUUGAUAAAGAAUCCUUCCUUGUUUUUGCUGUUGCAUUAGCGUUAUUUUUGAUGGGCGUUAUCGGUCUCAUGGGUAGUGAUGACUUGUUUGCUUGUUUUAUUGCAGGUAACUCUUUCACCUGGAACGAUUGGUUCCGUGUUGAAACAGAGAAAGCCCACUUGUCUGAGGUUAUUGACCUUUUGCUUAAUCUCAGUAUCUUCGUUUAUAUUGGAGCUACUAUGCCCUGGGCACUCUUUUCGCAGCCAGCGGUUUGGAGAUUGAUUGUCUUAGCCAUUUUGGUACUUUUCCUUAGAAGAUUGCCUAUCGUUGUAGCACUGUACAAAUUUAUUCCAGCAAUCCAUAACUGGAGAGAAGCUGUUUUUACAGGUUGGUUUGGCCCCAUCGGUGUUGGUGCUAUUUUCUAUCUCACUGUGGCCCUGGAAUCUAUCCCAGAUAGCAGCCCCCACGUAUAUGCUCGUGAUCUUUUAAAGCCAAUUAUCUAUUUUAUGGUGCUUGCUUCUGUAGUCGUACAUGGAAUCACAAUUCCCUUAUUUUAUGUUGGUACUUUCGCUACGAGGACUCUCACAAGAACCAGUGAUAUGGGAAGCCAUGUCAUACGUAUUCCUAAGUCAGAAAUGGCCAAUAUUCAAGACAGCCACCGCCCUGCUUUCAACCUUGUUGACGAAGCAGAUCUAUCAGAUUUUGACAUUGCAGUUUGUAACAAAAAAGAUGAAGGAUGCGAAGAUGGAGCGACUACCGAACAUAACCAGCCAAAGAGACAUACAGCUAUUACAAUAUUGACUCCAGAUGAUCCUGUACUCGAUAGCAGCCAUAAGCAUCUACAUUCAUUGGAUACCACUCAUCAGGCUGCUUCUCAGCUAUGCCAUAGGCGAAUGUCAAGCUCAAAAUCGACCACAUUAAGCGAAAGCAAUACGACGGAUAAUGAUACAGAGUCUACCUACCUACCUAAUGAUGAAGAAACGCGUUGA